GUGUAGCUGUGUUAGGGGACCUAAUCCCUGUGAGAGGCAGACAUUACUGGGAGGUGGAACUGGAGGAGGACACAGAGUACAGGAUUGGAGUGGCCUAUGAAGAUACUCAGAGAAACUCCUACCUGGGAGGAACAAAUACGUCCUGGUGCAUGAGACAUGUCCUCACCCCAUCCAGACACAAGUAUGAGUUCCUCCACAGCGGCUGGAGCCCAGACAUCCGGAUAACGUUGAACCCUGUGAGGAUAGGGCUCAGUCUGAACUAUGAGAGAGGGAUCCUGUCCUUCUUCAACGUAGACCUGGAACAACACCUCCACACCUUCUACUGUAGCUUCCUACACUACGUUCAUCCCUGCUUUGCUCUGGACAACCCCGGUGCGCUCACUGUUCGCACUGGGGUAGAGGCACCGCAGUAUGUCCACUUGGUCUGAGCUUACCUACCACGAUGUACAUUAAAAACACACAGAAUACAGGUGUAUUGUCCAUGGAAA